AUGGAUCAAUCUCAGAACCAGCGAUCACUAACAACACCACCACCACCAUCGCGACUUGGAAGAAACAGCCGCAACAAACCCGAUGACUCACUCCGCGAACCACCGAACAAAGCACAAAAACGCGUGCAUGCUAUUAACAGAGAGCUUCCACCGCCAAAUGAGCAAUUCAUUUUAGAUUUUGAGCAACUUCAGAGCCAGUUUCCGGACCAUGAGCAAUUACGUUUCGUGGUUGAAGCUGUUCUUAUACCAUUGGUUGCACAGUGUAGUGGUCAUGGGUCGCGAUCAGACUUUCUUAUUUUUAUUUUUCGAAGCUUGAGCGGUAUUUGGUGCAUUAACUGGGACGCCUUUCUUCCGUCCCUUCUUUCUUCAGUUUCUUCGGCAGAAUUACCGGUUGAUCAAAUGAGUCAAGCAGUGUCAACAAUUACCUCUUGUAGCUUAUCACAGUCAGGAAUGUUGCCUCCUCUAAAUACAAUUACUAAUUCUUCUAAUUUUCAGUCUUCAAAUCCUGCAUAUCCAUUGAAUUCUGUCCAUACUAUUGGCUCCCCUGCAUAG